AGUGAAUUUGGGAUUCGCGCUUUGCACCUCAGCACGUUUAAGGCACGGUACAUCGCGAAGCGUGACAGUGUGACAACUUUUUCCCGUUAUAACGGAGAGAGGACCGUGCACGCGCUCGGGAUAGCCGUCGUGAAACGUGUAGCUCUAGAAAGGAGGAAGAUGGGGCUCGAGAGGCUCACGCGCGAGCUCGUCUUGAAGAAAAAUAUGACGGUGUGUAUGAGUGGUGGAACCCGGGCGUCAUGUGAUCUCUGGAAGCACGUGAUCGCCCCCCGGAGGAGCCAGGAUGCCUGUGCAGGCGGCGCAGUGGACAGAGUUCCUGUCCUGCCCCAUCUGCCUGAACGAGUUUAACGCCGGUGGACACAAACCCAUCAGCCUGGGCUGCUCUCACACCGUGUGUAAGACGUGUCUCCACAAACUGCAUCGUAAAGCAUGUCCCUUCGACCAGACCUCCAUCAGCAUCGAAAUUGAGCUACUGCCGGUCAACCGUGCCCUGCUGCUGCUGGUGGGGGCACAGGUUCCUGAAAGCCAGGGUGUGUGUCUGGGCAGCGCUGAAGACACACAGCAUUAUGAAGUGUGCAGGACGUGUGUGGAGGAGUUGGCACUGUACCUGAAACCCAUCACUGGGGGAAAAGGCAUGGUGUCUCAGAGUGCGAGCGCACUCAGUCGGCCCAUGCAGAGGAAGCUGGUGACUCUGGUGAACUGCCAGCUGGUAGAGGAGGAGGGUCGGGUCAGGGCGCUGCGGGCGGCUCGCUCUCUGGGAGAACGCACCAUCACCGAGCUCAUCCUGCAGCACCAGAACCCUCAGCAGCUCUCCGCCAACCUGUGGGCCGCCGUCAGGGCACGGGGGUGUCAGUUCCUCGGACCUGCGAUGCAGGAGGACGCCCUGAAGCUGGUCCUUCUGGCUCUGGAGGACGGCUCGGCUCUCUCUCGCAAGGUUCUGGUGCUCUUCGUGGUCCAGAAGCUGGAAGCUCGGUUCCCUCAAGCCUCCAAGACGAGCAUCGGUCACGUGGUGCAGCUUCUGUACCGCGCUUCCUGCUUUAAGGUGACCAAGCGUGACGAAGACUCCUCACUGAUGCAGCUGAAGGAGGAGUUUCGUACGUACGAGGCUUUGAGGCGUGAACACGAUGCUCAGAUCGUGCACAUCGCCAUGGAGGCGGGGCUGCGCAUCUCUCCUGAGCAGUGGUCCUCUCUGCUGUACGGAGACCUCGCCCACAAAUCACACAUGCAGUCCAUCAUAGACAAGCUUCAGUCCCCAGAAUCCUUUGUGAAGAGCGUUCAGGAGCUGACCAUCGUCCUGCAGAGAACCGGAGACCCGGCAAACCUCAACAUCCUCCGAGCUCCACUAGAACUUCUGGCUGGAAUUGACCAGAACCUGGACGCAGCUGUCCCCUCGUGGGAGGAGCUUGAGUCUGUGAUGUUGGCGGUGAAGGUGGUGGUCCACGGCCUCGUCGAGUUCAUACAGAAUUUCAGUAAAAAGAGUCACGAGACGUUUCAGUCUCAGCCCAAUAGUAAAUACAAGACCAGCAUGUGCCGAGACCUGCGGCAGCAAGGAACCUGCCCACGAGGCAUCAACUGCACCUUCGCCCACACCCAGGACGAGCUGGAAAAGUACCGAAUGAGGAAUAAGAAGGUCAGUUCAGGAUCCAGGCCGUCCCUCCUGUCAAAAACGGGUGCCGUAAAAUCCUCAGCUGUAGACGUGUGUGUUGGCGAGCAGGAGGGCGUGACCUCAGAGAGCUCCUCCCCCACUCGCCUCGUACCCAGAGGAGGAGAGCAGGAGCAGGAUGAGGUGAUGAAGGAGCUGGCUGAUGGAUUUCCAAUUACCAACCAAGACCUGAAAACGGCUUCUCCUCCGAAGAGCCCAGCGUCAGGAGCUCCUGCAGACCCCUCAGUGCUCCUCAAACCCUCUACUCUACCACAGAGAGCUCACCACGAGGGCCCCUACUUUCCUGAACAGAGAUCUGCGUACGAUCUGCCGUCCUGCCCGUCCGGUCAUUUUUUCCCGGCUCCUCUGUCGAACUCUCACAAACCCUACUUGCCUCGCUUCCCUCGCUCCAGCCCUGCUUCUGACUCCUCAGCCCCGCCUCCGUUGGCUCCGCCCUACCCUGACCAGCCCCUCCAAUCUCGUUUAGGUCUGUCUCCGUAUCCCGCCUCUCCCUCUUACCCGCCCCUCCAUCACUCCCACCCCCACGGUCACGGCGUCUACGCUCCCGUCUACGACAGCCGGCGUCUCUGGAGGCCUCAGCUGUACCACAGACAGGACGGCCGGAGCAACUCGCUCCCUCUGGAGGUGCUGCACUCGUCCAUCUAUCAUCCCCCUCUCCGGGAGCGCUUCAACUCGCUCGACAGCGCCUACUGCACCGCCUCCAACAGGAGAGCCGCCCUGCACCGGGAGGCGUACGGCCGAGCCGCUCUGGGCUCUGAGGAGUUCUACCCUCUCCGGCAGGAACAGUGGUCACAUCAGCACCAUGGCUCGGGCCGUGCGGCACAGCAUUCCCCCGUCUUUACUGUGGAUCUCUGCUCUGAGCGUGUGGAGAGCGGGGUGUGUGUGAGCUGUAAAUGUGGAGGUGCGGACGCUUCUCUCGCCCGUUACUCGCCGUGGUCGUGUGGCGCCAUCGGCCCGUUUGACUCGGAACCCCUUUACUCUCACACCUGUUCCCAACACAUGGAUGGUGAGUGUACAGCUAAACACUGGCUGCAGGUCUCGGAGCCGUACAGACGCGUGAAGGACGAGGACCCCAUCAUCCCGUUCGGAGAAGGUCCCAUCAUCUCAAAGUGGGGAGCGAUUUCCCGCUCGUCUCGCACUGACCACCACACCACCGAACCCGUUCAGGCCACAGCGACGCACGGACGCACGACCACCACCACACUCAUCAACUUCAGAGAUUACAGCUCUCAUGUCACACAGAGUGAGUGUCAGUGGAGUCCGUGUGGGUUCGAGUCGUCUCGCUCUGGGUUCCUAGAGAGUGAGCAGAGACGCUCCUCCUUCAGCACUGCCGGGAAGCGUGGAGCCGAGUUCCUGGUUCGAGACGGACCAGAGACCGAGCCGGACCGGGACAUUGAGCUGGAGCUGUGUGCUCUCCGCAUGGAGGACUCGGAACCACCGGUGAUCCAGUCAGAGGUAUCUUUGGAGUCGCGGUGUGAAAAUCACCUCUCCAGUGUGUUCAGUGAUGCAGCAGGAAGCUUGCGGGCGGUCCAGUCCUUACCUGAGAACAUGGUGGACGCUCAUUUACUGAAGAAGAUGGCCUUCAGGAAGUCUCUCUCCCCCGGGGGCCUCAACGCUGGAGGUCUCACUGCGGCCGGUCUGGUGAUGAAGACGGGUUCACCGAGAUCUCCUGGAGACGCAGCCGGACCGAACCCGGGACCUGAGAUGAUUCUGAACGGGAGCUAAAAAAAAACAAAUUUUAGAGUCUGAAUUUUGGGUCAUGUCUCUGACCGGCACUGACCGACGUGUCCUGGGAGUUCCUUUAUUAUUUUCUCAAGCUUUUGCUUCCCUAAUGUAAUUCCAAACAUCUGGUAAUCAUCUGUAGACUCCGCCCCUUUCCCUGCCCCUUUUUUGUCUAAAAACUCCAAUUUAAACAAUUAUGCAUCUUUUUUUUAAAAUUAUUAUUCUGCAGCUUAUGCAAACGUGUUGCACGUGUUUACGGUCACGCCCCCAUCUCAGGUCACCUAGCUGCCAAUCAGAGUCCACCUUUUAGCCAAUCGGAUUCUUCCGAUUUCCAUCGAUGAUGAUGAUGAUUAAUAAUAAUCUGUUUAUGAGAUUGAUGAUCUGCAGCUCCUGCCUUUCGGUUUCUGUAUUUCUGCUAAAUGUUUACAGUGUGUGUGUGUGUGUGUGUGUGUGUGUGUGUGUGUGUGUGUGUGAGAGGGGUGAAGCCUGGUGCUCUGUACAGCUCCUACAUCAUGAUGCAGCACUAAUGACUCUGCUGACACGCAUGAAACAAACCGAGUGAAUUUUUAUUAGGUUUUGUUAUGAACUCUGUGUGAAUGUGCCUACGAAGUGAUAUACGCUAUUUCCUGCUGUCUCUCUCUCUCUCUCUCUCUCUCUCUCUCUCUCUCUCUAGCUGUCUCUCCCCAGAGGCUUUGUCCAGUGACUGUAUUAUUUUUAAAUGGCAGUCAUAGCAAAUAUUGAUUGAUUUCAGCAGCGUGUGUGUGUGUGAGAGACUCGGUGAGAAAACGAAUGAGAAAUUUCUCACGUUCAGCUCUGCAGUGAAGUUUAGUUGCUGUUUGUAGCUGACACGACGUCUGGGUCUGAAACGCAUCGAGAUGUGAAGACGCAGAUUUACACUAAAGACUGACCUGUCCACCUGAUCUGCCCCAAUCGUCUAGUGUGAGGGGGGAUUUAAUCGGUUUGAUCUUUGACGUGUUGCGUUGCUUUUGAUGGAGCGUUGUUUAAGUGAGUGUUUCUGCAGUCUGACCUUCACAGAAACGUCGUGAUGAAUCUGACCGCAAGCGUCACAUUGCUCCUGUAAUAAAUGGAUACGUUUGUUCAGACGUUAGGAUGUAAUUGAACGUUAAUGGCAACUCUUCAGACUCUUAACAGCGUGUAACGAAACAAAGGGGGCGUGUCUUAAGCUUUUAGGAUGUUUAAAUGUAUGGUCAGUCUUUUUUUCCUUAAUUCCAGAUAAGUAAUGAAUUUCUGAGGAAUUAGCAUCAGCUUGGUAUAAACGGUAUGUUCUGCACAGACGUAUCGCUCGAUGCACGCUAUCGUUAGUCGUACGGUUUAUGGUGUAUAAAUGACCUUGCAUUACAGUUCGUUAGCUGAAAUGCUGACCGUUUGACUGUAUCAGGGACUGCAUGGUGUGUAGUGGGCGGGGCUUGUCAUAUCUUGACGUUGUUCUCUAUAUGUUCUGUUUCAUUUGGCUCUUGUUUCCGGGUUCUUUCACACUGGUGGUGUUUUAGAGUCCGCUCGUAUCCAACACAUUUAGCUGAUUUCGCCCCAUGAGGUCACUGCUGUGAAGCUGUGGAAAGAGCUGGGUUAAAUGACCAGUCGCUGUACAGUGGGAGUAACGUACACGAGCUAGACGAUUUAUGGACAGAAGCAGGAAUUCGUCCUGAUCUGCUUCCUCUCUCGAGUUCGUUCUGCAGCAUGAUUUAAUUUUCUUCUUUCAGUUCUGCAUUCCCCCCUGUCUAGUGGACACACUGAAGGUCACUCAGCUCAUCCACACUUCAGCAGACCGCGUCUCGUUUCACGCUUUGUGUCCAGUGUGACUUUUUCAGGAAAAGCCCCUCCCUGAUCCUCAUGUUUGAACGCGACAUCGCUGCUAACUUCCGUGAAGUUGUGUGCCGAAGUAUUUUGUAUCAGGAAUCUCUUAUUUUUCCUUUUGUUUUGGUCACUGGGAAUAAAUCUGACCACCUGCUUCUGUGUUCCCUGUUUAAGAUGGAGGUUGUUGGAGUGCUGGGGGGGUGAUCAUCAUCUUGUGCACUGAAUCUUUUUCUCUUUUCCUGCUGUCCUUCACUCGGACGACAGUGAGACCGGACGCGUCAGUGUUACGCCGCUUUAUAGGAAACAUCUCCUAUUUAUAAUAGGGAUUUUUUUUUUUUUAGAUGUGAUGUGGAUGCAGGAAUGUGGUAGGGCUUUUUGCCUAAAAUAAUGGCACCUUUUUGUUUGACUUUACACUGGGUUUUUGGUAACUUGUGUGUGUAAACCUCGCUUUCUCCUAUUAUUUUGACCAGGAAUUAAUAUGUAGACUUUGUUUUACAAAAAACAAA